AUGUCACCGACAACCUCAUUCGCGGUAACCUCUGUUGAUGAAGGCACCAACUCGCAGACCCGGAACCAAGCAGGUAUUGAGGCUGACUUGCGAGGACAUCCAUACACUGUUGGUUUGGCAACUGGUGUCCCUGUCAACUUUGUGUCUGUGGGCACACGGACUCAAGAUGGGCCAGAUGAGGGUUUCUUGGAUAUUGUCAAUGCCCUCCUAGCAGAGGCAGCACCUCCGCAAGUUCUGACAAUCAGCUAUGGCCUGAGCAGCGCGACAUUCCUUCCGACCUUCCCAACUUGUGCAUUUAUUACUCUUGUUGGGGCGACCGAAAAUGUCCCGGAACAUGGGUCCGAACUGUCUGCUGGGGGUUUCUCGAACUACUUUGCUCAAGAAUUAUGGCAAUCGACUGCUGUCAAUGCCUACCUUGCAAAGCUCGGAACCAUGUUUGCCGGGAAGUUCAAUGCAAGCGGGCAUGCGUUCCCAGAUGUCUCCGCCCAAGGCCAGCGGGUGCAAAUCGUAACACGGUCGCACCGGCAUCGUCGCCGGGACAUCCUGCUCCUCUCCAAUUUUCGCCUCCGUUAUUGGCCUCCUGAAUGA